GAGUAAAACAAAACGACAGUAAAAAUAUGUUGUUCACAAACGAAGAAAUGUACAUCGUCAUAGAAUUUUAUACAUCAAGCGAUCCCAAGGAUAUCUUGUAAAAAUGCGGAUUAAUCCAAGUAUCUCAAUAAAUUACAUUAAGACAAUAAUUACAAAACAAACAAAUGUACUUGUAGAUAUUAACCACGUAGCGUCGUUAUCUACCAUAUAAUUUACACAUUUUGGUGGAUAGGGCACAGUAUCGACUGGUCUAAAACCAGAACAUCUUAACAAAUAAUAUUAUAGUCAUCAUCGCUCUUGAAAUUUGAUAUCACCGUGUUAUCAACUGUUAUCAUGUUUGGCGAAUGAUGUCCAAAGAUUGUUGGACGAAUGCCAUGUACUCUUCUAGAUCGUGAAAUAUAUACUUAACAUUUUCGUUUGUUUGGCUAUAAUAAUAGACAUAUUUUCCCACAGAAUCUUGGACAAGUGCCCGAUGUGCUCAUUCAUUUAUUUAUUUAUUUAAACACUGUCACGGAAGUAUUCAUAUGACGUACUUGCUCUACGUUAUUUAUUGUACAGUUGCACAUUAUUUUAUUCAGUCGGUUCCUUAUACAGUUGAGAAACAGCAUGUUUAAUUCUAACUGGCAUUUUAUGAAUGUUCAAGUGCAUGAGAUGGUUCUAUUAUUAAGAGCAAUAUAUAUGUAUUAUAUGCAGUGAAAUAAAAACUACACACUUUAUUCUUCAACAAGAAGUACUAGGUAUGGCGUUAGACGUACGAACAGAGUUCAUCGUGAAGCAUCCAUUUGUUAUUAUCUGUGGUUGUUUGUUUCUGAUUCUGGUGUCAAUUGCGAUAGGGAAUUGCUCAUGGACAUACACGAAACAUAUGGACGAACACUAUCGCAUGAAACUGUUUCCAGAGGAAAAACUUAAAUUAACAUCGGUAUCAAACCUCUUGAAUGAAGGGAUGAGUCACGUGUAUACAGAGGUAGCCACCCGCAAUAAUUUAUUUGUGACGGAAUACCUAAACAACCACGUUCAAGUAAAGGAAUUCUUCUUGGAUAGAUUGACUGACAGAAAGCCAGCAGCCAAACUUGUCGGAAGCACACGUUGUGUCCAAAAAGACGACCAGAUACAUUUUUUGGGGAAGGUGUUAUUUGGCGCGAACAACGACGGACCUCAACCCAGCGUUGGGUUCCUUAGAAAUGAUGUCAUUUCCCAAAAUGAUCGGCUGAUUGUACCUCUCACAGGAACAUAUCGGAUGUACUCUUCCUUCCACCAUCGAUUCAAUUGCAGCUUACCCGAAAGACAAACAAACGCAGAUGAGGUACCGUUGGUCAGACAUGCUAUGUACCGGUUCAACAUCCGGCUAGGUCACGAUCAAGAAGUGGCGUCAACCAAUCAAGACCACAUUUACUGCAAGUGUACAGCAUUCGUUGAUUUUCAAACUGAAAUAUCUACCUUGGUGGAGCUACUAGCCGGUGAUGAAAUUUCUGUCAAACUGAAUGACUGUUCUUUGCUUAUUCAUUCGGAGGCAAAUUACUUUGGGCUGAGUUUAAUUUGACCAUUUGUAGGUUGUGAUAUAUUUAUUUUUAUUAUGAUAACACGCCGUUUAAAAAAAUGUACUGUGUAUUACCAGAAAAAGCAAUUUAUUAUUGAUCUAUAUAAAUACGGCAUACUAAGAACAUAAUCUUAAAUAUGUGUAUAUUAUUAUUGUUCUUUGAUACAAAACAUGAUAAGGUAGUGAGGCCAAAAUGUUAUCAAUUAUUACCUUCACUUGCAAUACUUUAGAGCAUGAUUUGUAUCGCAAAGCAUAUAGUAUACAGUGGGGUGAGGGAAUUUGUUCCGCAAAUAAGGGGUUGCUAAAGAAUGAAUAUUUGUGGGGAUUAAUCACUAACGAUCCGGAUUUUUUAGGGAUUUUUUAAUCUCUGACAAUCCACUCUGGGAGUUUUCAGGAAUUGUUGGGAGGAAAACGGAUUGUUUGGAAUUGUUAGGGUUAAAUCGGGAUGCUAGCACUCUGCUAAAAGGCGGAGUUUAGAAUGCGAGCUUUAUCUGGAAUUGCGCAUGCGUAGGGGUGAAAAGACGGAGUUAUUAUCGCGAGCUACAUUAAAGCAAAGAUCUUUAAAUAAACACAGAUUGGAAACACCCAUUCUGACCAAAAGACAGUAUCGGGAAUAUGCGUGGAGAAAAUGAGAUCUAUACCACGUGAAAUCGAUCGGGAAGUCGCUUAUCUCCCUCUGUUAUCUGGCGUUAUCAUGCGCUUGUUGCAACAUUUCAUCACUUCUCACAAUAUAACUGAUGACAUGUGAUACAUGUAAAACGUUUCGAUAUUUAUACAUUUAGUAGCUUUGAUAAAUAAAACACGAUUUAAAAAUUAAACUUAACAGAUUUGAAAAAAAGUGUAUCUGAACCAAUGUUGAUCAAAAAUACUUUGUUAAAGUUUUUAAGGUAAAGCAUACCAUUCAAUUGCCUAAAACUGUAUUAUUUAUGUUUGGAAAUAAUGAAUAAAGUAUAAGUAUAUAUGUGACAUCAAAUUGUACAGUCUCUAACUUAAUGAUUUUAACAUUAAUAUUUUCGCGGGUAUUAGAUCACACUACUUAGAGAGAUUUCAGGCCGAGUUUUAAAAGUAUUUAUAAGUAUUUAUCAGCCUUUGCCUAACACAUUUAAAAAAACCUAUGAUAUACGUAUCAUUUAAAAUGUAAUAAACAAAUGUACAAGACCAAUAAAACGUUUUUAUUUUAACGUGAAUAACCUCGGAGAUAUUCAUUAGCGAAUCUGUGUAACAUUCCUGCCCGAUGCAGAUUUUCUUAUUGAAAAGUACAUAUCCGCCUUUGCCUAAAUCUUAAUUGUUUCUUUAUAAAUAUUUCUCAUGUAAGUAAUAUUUUUAAAGGCAAAAUACAAAUUUCAAGAUUUUUUUGUUAGUUUAACGCGAACAGUCCUGGAGAUAUUCAUUAGCGACUCUUUGUAACAUAGCUGGCCGAUGCUGAUUUUCGCAUUGAAAGAUACAUAUAUACCUUUGCCCUCAGCUUUACUAUUGUUAACUUAAUAUUCCAUGUUUGAAUAUCAAUUUUGAGGUAAAAUAAAAAAGGUAUAGCCGAUAAAAAUUACUGCGGUGCUAGCAUUUCCGAUCGCCAAAAUCGCAAAUCUCGAUCGAAUCUUUUAGCUGGCGAUUUAAGUAGAAAAUUGUAAAAAAAUGCCGAUAGUAAAACAAAAUCAAGUUUUCUCUAUAAGUGCAUCAAUAUUACCUAAUUUAAAAGAGCACCCGGUACCAGUUUAUGCGCGAAAUCGCAAAAAAGCCGCAUGGGGUAAUAGAUAAUCAUCCGUUUAGCGGUAGCAUGACGUUCCAUCGAAUAUUCAUGCCACAUUGCAGAGUUAUGUAUGCUGACACAGAUAACUUUAAAGUCGCCGAACUAUGAUCACCGUCCAAUCAGUUUCGAUAAUGCUAAUGAGGACGGGGUUAACUGGCAACUAUUAUUUUUGAUUGACAUAAGUAAACCGCUAGCCGGUUUAUUAAACAGUACAUUAAGGACGAUGUCGGGCAUUAUCAUCACACAUUUUCACUGUAACCAAUUUGUGUAAAGAUAAUGUUAAACAUUAUGACUUAUAACAUAUAAAUGCAAAUUGUGAGCAAUAAAUUACUUAUGGCGAGUAAAUUGUGAAAACAUCAACCUUUAAACAGUUUACGCGGUAGCGAAUUAUUCAAGUACAUGGAUAUUGCACCAUGGUCAUUCCUAAAACUGAUUAACACCGUUUGUUUUUUACAGCCACGUAAUUAUAUUUGCUGCUAGAAUUCAUUUGUACGCAUAGUCAGUGUUUUCCAUUAAAUAUAUAUCUACGCCAAGUAAAAAACGUGUUUUAAUAAGAUCGCGAAAUUUUGCUGUCGUUUUACAAGUUGUACGCAUGGAAAGCGUGACCAUGCGCUGUAAAUAAAUAAAGACGCGACGCGCAAAUCAAUACAUGUAAACUUUUACAAUGCAUUUCUUAAAUCGGAAUUUAUGCAAACAAUUGAAAAGUAUUGACACAUUGAAACUUAACAAAAACGACUAACACAUUGCAGUAGAUGUAUUUUUAAAGAUCCAAAACGCACCAGCCUUGUUUGACAAGUACGUUGGUACACAAUAUUGUUGAGGUGGGGUGGGAUUAUGCGGGCGUAGAGAAUUAACCCGAUACUGUUUAUACAUGAACAUAAAUGUACAAUAAAAAUACAUGAACUGAAGCAUUUAAUUUAAUUCCAAAUGAAAAAUAUUCAAUGUGUAUGUAAAAGUUAUUUGCUUGAUAAUUCAAUAUAAUGCUCGUUGAUACCAUACAUCACACACACAAACAGACAGAUACACUCAUAUAUAAAGCUCAUGAUCCUAUGAUGUGGGACGUCAUCGAAACGCCAAAAUCGGCUACUACAUGUACCUAUUCUUCCUUAGCGCCAACCUUACAAAUUUACCGUUUGUCUACUCAAUAUCGUCUGAACAACUUCAUUUAAAUUGAAACUCAAUUAACAUGAAGUUGUUUAGAAGAUAGUUAGAAAAUCUCAUGCAGUGGAACGACUUUUUAUUGAACAGUUCGUAUAUGCCUUUGUCAUAACCUGUAAUUUUAAUUAUGUUUCUUAAUCAAGUAUCAUUUUAAAGUUAAUAUUAAAACUGAAGGCUAAAAUAAAAUUGAUGAAUUUAUUGUAAACUGUUCCUGUGAUGUCCCCAUUAUUUCAUUGACUGAUCUGUUUCUUUUUUUUAAAGUGUAAAUGCUAUAUUGAUCAGUAAGAAAGGAAACAAAUAAAUUGAUAUUUCCUUCACUUAUUACCGAUAAAUAACUUAAGAAAAACAAUAAACAUUUAGAAUGUACAUCUGCAAUAGAGGCGAAAAGCAUCCUUUGCAAGGGAGACAAUGUUACCAUUUUGGAUUAAGAGCGUUUACUGGUAUGCCUGUUACACUACAUGCCGAACAUGUGUAGAUAAGAUUAUCACGAUAAGAUGCGUCAUCUUUCUCAAUUAACUGAACUAUCGGUUGCUGAAUCGAUGGGAAUCUCCGAUGACACGAAUCUUUGUUAAUUGAUAUAUCUUUGGUGUGUAGCAGGGUAAAUAUCACGUUUAUCCUAGUUAAAAACACGCACCUACAAAAUAUUUGUUGAGUUAACAAAUGUGUGUUUUAUGGGUUAUGAACUAUGUUGUAUGCAGCAUAAUAUUUUAAAUUUGAGUAUGCAGGGCACCGACACAAGUCAAUUCUACAUCUAAAAAUAGUUCUUUACGCCCCGCCUACUCGUUGCCAACAGUGAUAAACUCCGCCUUUUCAUCUCAAUUCGUCCCUGACAUCGACUGCGCAUGGGUAGAGGUUAAUUUUACUUUAUUUAAAUUCACUCACCUCUUAAAAGACUGUGCAAGGGUAGAGAUUAAUCCCUUAAAAAGGAAGAAAUUACGAAAUUUAUCAAUAAAAACCGCUAGAAAAGGUGGAAUACAGAUGACUUCGGAAGAAACGCGGUGAAAACGAAUUAAUCCGUAAAAAACGGCUGAAUGAGGGUUAUUUUUAGGGAUUCUUAAGAGGUUAAUCCCGGAACAAAAUCUCUGUAAGUAUUGUUUACGGUUGGUGUGAAAAUUAUUUUUAAACAGAACUCGUAAAGCUGAAUAGCUAAGGUGGGUUUAAUAUCCAGUAUGCGUCAAUUACCUAUGGACAAUCUUUUCAAUGCAUGUUACCCUUAUGCAUAUGUAUACGUUAUAUUAGUAUUUAGAUUUGAUAAAGUCUGUUAUCAGCAAACAGAUUAAAUAUAUACUGGGUUUGGAUAUGGAUGAACGUAGAUUGAUCAAGGGAAAGUAAGCCAAGGGACGCAAAAUGUUAUCAUUUAAAGCUUUAUUCCCCUUUAUGAAAUUUUACAAUCAACAAAAAUGGUUUGUUUGCAUUAAGGUUAGUAUGCAUAUAUUGAGUUUAAUAUUUCAAUGGUCACUUUAAUAAAAAAAGUGUGUAGUUUACAUCUAUUUUUUAUAUAAUGUUGUUUUAAGCAUAAAACGAACUUAAUGUUGGUACAUCCAUAACCGAAGUAUAAUAUUCUGACACAAACAAGAAGUGAUUUUUUAAAUGGUUGAAUAAUGUACUCUAUCUAUUCACAAUUAAUUUUGGUAAAGCAUUUGGACAGAUAACACACGUUUUUAUGCGCACAUGCGCUUGCUACAGCGGUUUACAUACAAAUUAAUUUACAGGGGGCAAUUUUGUUCGUUAAGUGCAAUAUUAUAUCCGUUUGCCACGUGUUGUUACGAGACAUGUAAAGAGGAAAUGUGUCACAUCUUAUUGGAAGGAUUCUAUUUUAUGACAGUGCUGAAUUGCAUGACCUUUCCAACUUUAAAAUCAUAAAUAAUCUAACGUCUCAGCUUGUGAUCUGAACAUGGAUUUUUUCAGAAAACUCUACACUAUUGUCAAUAUAUAGAUUUUGAUUUUAGGUUUUGAUGUUGCUAUAAUUUACUAUAUGUCUAUAUGAACAUAUGUUCCUUUUUUAUUUGUAAUUGAUUAUUGGUCGCAUGCAUAUUAAAA